AUGGAGCUGUCUGUGUUGUGUUGUGUUAGGAGCCAAUCACAGGUGAGCGUGAUGGAGCUGUCCGUGUUGUGUUGUGUUAGGAGCCAAUCACAGGACUCUCCCACUGUCACCCCGGUGACCUUGCGAGUUGACCCCCAGGGCUACUUCCUCUACUGGACCGACCAGAACAAGUCUCACCGGGCCAUAACAGGUUAUGGGUUUGACACCGUCCUGGACCUUGACCUGGACCUGGACCUGGACCUGGACCUGGACCUUACUCUGGGCCAGGCUUUGGAAACUGAUGUGCUGGACAUUUCCUGCAUCAAGGACACCAGGACGGGGAAGUAUGCCAAGCUGCCCAAGGUUGUGGACAUCAAAGACAUGAAGAGGAGGUGGCCAAGGAGUGGACGGACGAGCUCUUCAACCUGGCUUCCAACCUGUUGGCUCAGAAUAUGUCACGUGAGGCCUGUCCUUGACAAAACAUACACGCGACUGAAGCUGCAGACUAACCCUGAAGCAAGCAUCCCAGUGAAAAAUAUUUUCCGGAUGUUCUCAGCAGACCGUAAGAGGGUUGAGACAGCGCUGGAGAACUGCAAUCUUCCGUCUGGACGGAAUGACGCUAUCCAACAGGAGGACUUCACUCCAGGGAUCUUCCGUGUGUUCCUCAACAGUAUCUGCCCCCGACCAGACCUCGACACCAUCUUCUCGGAAGUCGGGGCAAAGAGCAGGCCCUACCUUACUGUGGAGCAGCUGACUGACUUCAUCAACAACCGCCAGCGAGACCCACGGCUCAAUGAGAUCCUCUACCCGCCCCUCAAGGUGGAGCAGGUGCAGGCAUUGGUGGAGAGGUUCGAGCCCAGCACCAUGCUCACACAGAGAGGUCAGUUAUCAGUGGAGGGCUUCACCCGAUACCUGAGCAGUGAGGAGAACAGCAUCAUCCCUCCGGAGAAGCUGGACCUGAGUGAAGACAUGACGCUCCCCCUCUCGCACUACUUCAUCAACUCCUCCCACAACACCUACCUCACAGCGGGUCAGCUGGCGGGCACGUCGUCAGUGGAGAUGUAUCGCCAGGUGUUGCUCUCCGGAUGUCGCUGUGUGGAGCUGGACUGCUGGAAGGGUCGCACUGCCGACGAGGAGCCAAUCAUCACGCACGGAUUCACCAUGACAUCAGACAUCUCCUUCAAGGAAGUCAUAGAGGCCAUUGCAGAAAGUGCGUUUAAGACCUCCCAGUUCCCUGUCAUCCUGUCCUUUGAGAACCACGUUGACUCUCCAAAGCAGCAAGCGAAGAUGGCGGAGUACUGUCGGUCAAUAUUCGGAGAGGCGCUGCUCACAGAGCCACUGGAGAAAUACCCGCUGGAGCCUGGUGUAGCUCUGCCCAGUCCUAUGGACCUGCUGGGCAAGAUCCUGAUCAAGAACAAGAAGAAAUCCCACAAGGCCGGGGGCAGCACCAAGAAGAAGCUGACAGAGCAGAUCUCCAACCCCUACAGCGACAGCUCCAGCAUGUGUGAGCCCUCUUCACCCAGCACAGGGUCUACACACCAUGAGAUCGGUGACCGCGACCCCGCCCAGCAGUCUCCGCCGCAGAGAAGUGAGGGGGGGUCACAGAGGAGGAAGUCUAUCGGUGACGUGGAGGCAGAUAGUGACGAAGAUGAGGAUGAGGACGAGGAAGGAAAGAAGUCUGUGGAUGAGGAUACAGCAGGAAGUGAGACGUUUGCCACUGAGGAAAUGUCCAACCUGGUCAAUUACAUCCAGCCUGUGAAGUUCAACUCCUUUGACGGGGCCAAGAAGGUGAAUCGGAGCUAUGAGAUGUCCUCUUUCGUGGAGACCAAGGCCCUGGAGAACCUCACUAAGUCCCCGGUGGAGUUUGUGGAGUACAACAAGCUGCAGCUGAGUCGCAUCUACCCCAAGGGCACGCGCUACGACUCCUCCAACUACAUGCCCCAGGUCUUCUGGAACGCAGGCUGCCAACUAGCGGCCCUCAACUUCCAGAUGAUCGACCUGUCCAUGCAGCUGAACCUGGAUAUGUUUGAAUACAACGGUAAGAGUGGCUACCGAAUGAAACCGGAAUACAUGCGCCGAUCCGACAAGAACUUUGACCCCUUUACAGAGCGCAUGGUGGAUGGUAUCGUGGCCAACACACUCUCAGUGAAGAUCAUCUCGGGCCAGUUUCUCUCGGACAGGAAGGUGGGCACGUACGUGGAGGUGGACAUGUUUGGUCUCCCGGUGGACACCAAGAGGAAAGCCUUAAGGACCAAAACGUCUCCAGGAAACUCCCUCAACCCAGUGUGGGAUGAAGAGCCCAUAGUCUUCAAGAAGAUUGUCCUGCCCUCUCUGGCCUCAUUGAGGAUAGCUGUGUUUGAGGAUGGAGGGAAGUUAGUUGGACAUCGGAUCAUACCUGUCUCAGCGAUUCGACCAGGUUACCACUAUGUGGCUUUGCGGAAUGAGAAGAACCAGUGUCUGACUCUGCCCACUCUGUUUGUCUACAUUGAAGUGAAGGACUAUGUGCCCGACACAUUUGCAGAUGUGAUUGAGGCCCUGUCCAACCCCAUCCGCUACAUCAAUCUGAUGGAGCAGAGAGCCAGUCAGCUGGCUGCCCUUACACUGGAGGAAGGAGGGGAGGAGCCAGAACAAAAAGAGGUGGAGGGGGGUGGGGACGCUCCCUCAGAACCCAAAGCUGAAGCCAAACCACUUCCUGCUGAGAACGGAAUGAGCCACACCCCCCUCAUUGCCCCCAAACCUCCGUCAUUGGUCAACCAGCAGCCUCCGCCUACAGCUAAGCCACCAGUGAAGUCAGAGGAUAUCAUUCAAACUGUCCUGACAGACGUCCAGGCCCAGUCGGUGGAGGAGCUGAAACAGCAGAAGGCGUUCGUGCGGGAGCAGCGGCGCCAGUAUAAGGAGCUGAAGGAGCUGGUGAAGCGGCACCACAAGAAGACGGCGGAGCUGAUCAAGGAGCAGACGGCGCGCCACAACCAGCUCACCGGCCAGCUGCUGAGACGCCGCUCCUCGCUGCAGAAGAGUGCCAAACGAGACGGUAAGAAAAGGUCUAGUUCCCAGCACAGCCUGAGUGCAGUGGAGCAGGAGCUGACCUCUCUAGAGGAAGAGAGCGGUCGCCGUCUGUCCGAGCUCAAGGACCAGCAACAACAUGAGCUACUCGCACUCCGGCAGGAGCAGUACUACAGCGAGAAGUACCUCAAACGAGAGCACGUCAAACAGCUGGUGGAGAAGCUCACUGCCGUAGCUGAAGAGUGUCAGAAUAGUCAGCUGAAGAAACUGAAGGAGCUGUGUGACAAGGAGAAGAAGGACCUGAAGAAGAGGAUGGACAAGAAGAGGCAGGAGAAGUCACGAGAGAGGAACCUCACGGAAGAGGAGAAGCUGGAAAUCAACAGGUCAUUUGUCAAUGAAGUGGUGCAGUACAUUAAACGGCUUGAAGACUCUCAGAGCAAACGUCAGGAGAAGCUGCUGGAGAGCCAUAAAGACAUGCGUCAGCAGAUCCUGGACGAGAAGCCAAAGCUGCAAAGCGAGCUGGAUCAGGAGUACCAGGACAAAUUCCGACGGCUUCCGGUGGAGAUUCAGGAGUUUGUGCAGGACAAGGUUAAAGGCCGGCUGGGCUCGGAGAAGGACCUGGCCAAAAUGCCCGUCUCCAUGACAACCGAGAGACUGAACAGUAAAGCGUUGCAGUCUGAAGAGGACAUGGAAGAAAGCUUGUCCGAAAGGGUGUUUGACACACCCCUCUGAAACUGUCCCACUCCCCCGCCCCCACACACACAACACACACACACAUACAAACACAAGCACUCAUACACACACACUUACACUCCCACACUCAGUAAUGUAUGUAAAUACUUUUUUUUAUUUCUAUGUUGUUAAAUGAGCAACUCUUUUAAACCUUCGGGUACGACCAUAGUUAGAACAGAGAUUUUACGAAAAGACAGAAAGAAAAAAGGACUUACUUGAACUACUGUGUUGCACGACUAUUUCCCAUAUGUACUAAGAUUGGUUAGUCUCAUGGGAGCGGCACAUCCUUGACCGCCUUGUGGAGUAAUAUUGCUAGUGCGUAGACUUCUACUGUACGUUCACUGAAAUUCUACCCUAAUUCUAGCUAAUGUAGCGUCAAAUUAUAAUCGUUGUUAUGAUCAUUUUUAAUAACCAUGUUUGAAAAGAGCUAAAUGUUGUCUUUGUAUCGAAUGCCAGUUGCCAGUACACCUCUCUUCGGUGCGGUUUAGUUUGUUGCAGUAGCCACCUCCGUUAGCUGUGUGUGUGUGUGUGUGUGUUUGGGGGGGGGGGGGGGGGGGCUGGGGGGUUGUGAGGGAGGCAACCCUCCCACUAUUAGGUGCUUUCCUAACACCCCCAUCCAAGGAUCUUCACUGUUGCAGUUCUACUCUGCUGCAAUUCUUCUCCAGGUUUACCUGAGGCCUGUUAAGUCUGAAUGGUUCGACCAGCAGCCAGGACUGGGACUCUAGACUCCUGGGGUCAGCAGACCUCCACACCACUCUGUGUGAGGUCGUCGUUCAUGAGGAGACAGAUGGGGUUCACCACUGGCAUUUUGGUGAAGGGUUUGGUUACUGGGGAGGACCUCUCCUCUACACCUGUAUGUUGGACUAGUGCCACUACUAUAGGGGGAUUUGACCACGUGGGCAGCCCCCUGCUUUAGACGUUCGGAGGUACACCAGUCACACGUCCUGGCAGGGGGAAGGAAACACAAAACCACAGGGAUCAUGUCUCUCGCCCGACCUGAGAGGACCUCAGGAUUCCCUGAUGGAGCUGCAGCAUCCACAACACAACAGUCCUGGACAAGUCCCCCGACAAGACAACAAUGGAUUGUGAAAAGAAAAAGGGAAAGUAAUGGAUUACACAAGUUUGAACUAGGCCUGAGUUAUGCAUUUCUUCCCAGGUUAAGUAAACUGGGCUGCGGUAGAUUGGGGUUGGAGUUGUAGAUUGACUGUCCCACUGUACACUCCAUAUGGAGGAGUAUCUGGCUCUGGUCAGUGAGUAGGUGUUCCACAAAACAGGAUUAUAGUUACCCAUGCAAGCUGAAGUGAAGAUGAAAUGGCGCUUUCUACACAGGAGCUGAGGUCUGAGAUUUGUGGGGUUUCCAGGUUUGAUGUUCCUAACCCUUUGCAGGGCCUGCCUUAUUCUUUGAUAGGCUCACUACAAGCCUUCUGUUCCGUGAUAGGCUCACUACAGGCAUCCUGUUCCCUGAUAGGCCCACUACAGGCAUCCUGUUUUCUGAUAGGCUCACUACAGGCAUCCUGUUCUCUGGAUCCCAUCCCAUAAGACUGCUGCUGCCAGUAUAGGUCAUUCAUAACUGUUGUUAUUUGUCUUGUAUGAUAUUAUUUGGGAUAUUUAACAUAUUUUAUAGAAUUGUGGUCUAUUCUUUAUCUUCUUCUACAUUUAAUAUAUUUUACAACUUUUGUUUUGUUUUUUUGUUUGUCUGUUUUUUAGAUUAUAAUAACCAAGCUAAAAAAUGGUUUGGGUUUGGGAAGUGAAUUAUAUUUCAUGCAUCUGCAUGUUUUGUACACUUGCAAAUGUCUGGUAUGAUGCAUCAUGAAAAUAUAAAUACAAAUACUGAUGAAAAGAAAGAAAUUAUACAUAUACAUAAUAUACAUAUUAUCCAUACAUAUAUACACAUGUACACAUUUACACAUGCAUAUAUGUAUAUAUGUUUGUAUGAAUGUAUGUAUAGUAUAUUUAUGCACCCUUAGGACCUCGAGUCGCCAAAUUUCACAGCAUGUGUGCAGCAGCGUCUGUACUAUAAAUAAAAGGGUUCUCUCGUUGAUUCCCUCCUUAAAGAUGGAGUCUGCGAUUAUGGUGUAAGGUUGUUGAUAUUUGUGCAGCCAAUCAAAUAGAGUUGUUUUGAAUGCACACACUGACUGGACAGCUAGUGGACUGUGAGGAGCAAUUUGCUGAACUUGACAAAAAGUGUAUUGGAUUAGAAUGGUGAACCUCACCUUUAACCCUUUGAGGAGUGAGGUUUUUUUGCAAGUAAUUCCAGAAUUAUACCGUACAUGUUUAGAAUCUACAUUAACUGACAGUCAUAACGAUGGCUUGAGUUCAUUGUUAUGUCAUCAAAUGGAACCUUCAGUUGGCAACAUUCUAAUAACAUAUUUGUGAUGGUACUCCUCAAAGGGUUAAAGAUGGCAGCCAACUCUGAAGUAGAUCAGACCAGAUCCAUGCCACAUAUGGACCAGAACCAUUCACUAGAGACCCCUGCCAUCUGCUCUGGAGACGAAAGCCACCUGCAUACUCUACUACUGAACAUUAAUCAGACGUGUCAGGCAGGAAGUGACACAAGAGGAAACUGAGGAGUCACUCUCAGAGCUGACAACAUCACCAGUCACCCGUCCGGAUCCCCAUUGCUCCCUCGAGUGCCCUGUCACGCUGCCUCUCAACAGCAGGGCUCAGGGGUCUGGUCCUUCUCAAGUCACACAUUUCCCCAGCCAGUAGGGAACUUCACGGGCUUGGAGGCUGAGAGGCUUCCACCAUUAAAGUGCCCUGAGACCCGGCACAGAUCCAGUCCAGAAUUGACUGCUAUGUGCCAGAACAUGGAAAAGCCCGUCCCAGGUUUCCACCAUUAAAGUGCUUAGCAGCUGCCUUUGACAAUGAUUUAGUCUGGCUCUGGGCCAGCCUCGGUUACUAGAAGCAGAGGUGCGUUUAAAUUCGGCAAACAGAGGCGAACGGUCGAGGCAGUGGCGUUUUCUUUGAACUUUUAAAUUUGAAAGUUUUUUGUGUAAACCUUCCAAAUUGUGCUAUUUAAACGGUAACCCUGUAGUCCGGCGUCCAUGUUUGUUCGCCGAGAACUACCUCCUCAGGUGUUUUUUGCGUUUUCACAAACGUUCUGGUUCAGCUGCUGUAGUUGAAACAUGCUAAAGCUCAUCCCUCUGUAGGGUGCUCCACCUGUGCCAUAGGCCAUACUGGAAGACUGUCGACGUAUGACCAUACAGUGAGCAUGUUGUUUGAUUGGUAGUUAAGGAACAGGUGGUACGAUUAUAACGCUACUCAUAGUAUUUCUGUAAGCUUAUGACUGUCCAGUGUUCCUGGAAAAGCAAAUUCCUCUAUCACAGCCGGUACUGAGGAGCUCUUAGUGUCCCCAUGUGACAGACAGCAGCUGUCUUUUCAUAUCUGGCACACGCUUGAUUCCGCACAUCAAGUGAUCGCCAGGGGCUUGAUUAGGUGAUCCAGGUAUGUGUGUGUGUGUGUGCAUCAGGUGUAGUUCCACAGGUCCAAGUGGUCGCAAACGCACCCAGACACACACACACACAUGUCCACAGACGCACAAAUUCACUCACACACACACACUCACACACACACAUAUACACACAGACAUAUCACUUUAACCUGAGGGAAGGUCUGCUCCUGACCUUGACCCACAUAUCAAAAAUAGAGGAAGUGAUGAAUAGAGACUUCGUUCGAUGAUUGUGUGUAUCAGGACAGGACAGUAGAACAAAUGGACUAGAAUGUCUAGAUGAUUCUAGAAUGUCAUGGUUAUAUGAGAAGCAUGAUGUAUGGAAAGCUGAUUUGUGAAUUACUGUACAUGUUCCAUGUUACCCUCCCUCUACCUACUGUUCUCCCCACUGCCCUCCCAAAUUCUUCCCCUCUGAUGGGUAGCUUCCUGUUGCACACUACAGUAAUGCUGUGGAGAUUUGGAUUCCCAAGUCGAUUAGUGAGAACAGGGGCACAUCACUUACAGACUCACGAAGAGAAAGCAUUAACAACAAUCAGUCAACAGUUUAUGUUGUGCACUACAGACAUCUUUCAUUUCAACCGUGACGGUUCGUGUUGAUGAGAGUCCUGUGCCUUUAAAUGCCUUGUUAAAUCACUGUGGGAGAUCAUAACAUUGUGUACUGGCAUACUAUUGUCUCGUAGCUCUCUGUGACAGGACGCCCUGACAGCAGCUGCUAUCGGGGGAGCCUGUGUGCACUUUCAGUUGUGCAAAACUACUGAGAACUGUUGGCGAAAGACUUAAAAAAAACAUUGUUCUGCCUGACCAUUUUCUUGUUUUUUUUUUUGUUCAUUAACAUAAAUGUAUAUGUUCUUGAGAUGCUGAAAAAACAAUGACACGCAGGAGGAAAAGUGAAACUGACUACUGUACAAAGGGACAGUAGUUGUGGUUUAAUAAAUGUUGCUUCUGUAAAUGGCA